AUGUGGAUAUGGCUUCUUUUUUCUAUUUGUCUUAAUGUGCCCUGCUACGACUGCAUGUGUUUCGUGUGUCCGGAGAUAUGCCGGUGCUCCCUCAAGACCAUCAGAUGCAACAACGCGUCAGAAGACGUCGUAAUGAAUACAAACGGGGUUUACAGUAGACUUGUUUUGAACUACAUCUCCUUGAAGACGAUCAGCAGCCACAGCUUUGAUGGACUGAGAAAAGUCAAAAGAAUAGAAAUUGCACAAAGUGCCAGCUUGGAAAUCAUUGACACAAGAGCGUUCAACAACCUUCUUAAUCUCACAGAAAUCUCAAUCCAAAACACAAGGAGUUUGGUGCGUAUAGGUCAACGGGCCUUCAAUAACCUGCCCAUGCUGAAAUAUCUAAGUAUCUCCAACACCGGCAUAAUGGUGUUUCCUGACUUGACAUCCGUCCUCUCUCUUCAGUCCAAUUUCAUACUGGAUAUUUGUGACAACCUUCAUCUUCAUUCGAUCCCACCAAACUCUUUCACUGGACUCACAAGUGAAGACAGCACAAUGAAUCUGGUCAACAAUGGCUUUAGGGAAAUACAAAGUCAUGCCUUCAAUGGGACCAACAUCUUUAAACUGAUUCUAAAGAACAACAGACACUUAAAAAACAUCCACAGCUCAGCUUUCACAGGAGCAAUUGGACCCGAUGUUCUAGACAUCUCCUCAACUGUUAUAGAGACAUUGCCAUCACAUGGCUUGGAGUCAAUCUUAAUCCUGGAAGCUCGUGCGGCGUUUUCCUUGAAAAGACUUCCACCUCUCCAAGCCUUUGAGAAGCUGAGAGAGGCUCAUCUUACCUACCCCAGUCACUGCUGUGCUCUUAUGAGCUGGGAUACUCUCAGGGAGGCUCCAGUACUUACUGCUUUGAGGAAUGGAUCAGCAUACUGUGAUGGCCAAAAUGUGGUGGGAUCCCUGCCAGACGAAGAGGGUUUUGGGCGUAUAGAUUUCCAGUAUCCGGAAUUAGACAUUUGCCAUACCAGACCAGCUCUGCAGUGCACCCCUAAGGCAGAUGCUUUCAAUCCGUGUGAGGAUAUAGCAGGUUUUGGAUUCCUGCGUGUGGCAAUUUGGUUCAUUAACAUCUUAGCUAUUGUUGGCAACCUGACUGUGCUGCUGGUGUUCUUCACCUGUCGCUGCAAACUGACUGUUCCACGUUUCCUCAUGUGCCACCUGGCCUUUGCAGAUUUAUGCAUAGGAGUUUAUCUUCUCAUGAUCGCUGCUGUGGAUUUACGAACCCACGGGUACUACAGCCAGCAUGCUAUCGAGUGGCAGACUGGUGUGGGAUGUGGGAUUGCUGGCUUCUUGUCUGUGUUUGGUGGAGAGUUGUCUGUCUAUACGUUGUCCACCAUCACUCUGGAGCGAUGGCACACUAUCACUCACGCUCUGAGACUGGAGAGACGCCUCACUCUUCUGCACGCCGCUUGUAUCAUGGCUGCUGGAUGGUUGUUUUGUCUAAGUAUGGCUCUCCUACCCCUGGUGGGAGUUAGCAGUUACAGCAAGGUUAGCAUGUGCCUGCCAAUGGAUAUUGACACACCCUUGGCUCACACCUUCAUUAUUCUCCUUCUUCUCUUUAAUGUAGGAGCCUUCCUACUGAUCUGUGUCUGUUAUGUUCGUAUCUACAUGGCGGUUCGUAAUCCUGAGUUUCCUGGCCGAACCGCUGAUACGAAGAUCGCUAAGCGUAUGGCUGUGCUGAUCUUCACUGACUUUCUGUGUAUGGCACCAAUCUCUUUCUUUGCCAUCUCGGCAGCGUUUAAAAUGCCCCUCAUUACUGUGACCAACUCUAAAAUACUUUUGGUCCUCUUCUACCCAAUCAACUCUUGCGCCAAUCCAUUCCUUUAUGCCAUCUUCACCAAAGCUUUCCGGAAAGAUGUCUGCAUACUUUUGAGUGCCAUAGGCUGCUGUGAGAGCAAAGCCAGAAUGUAUCGUAUGAGACCCUACUGUUCGGAAAACAUAGACAAGAGCAAGAGCAGCUCUGGUGCCCCACCUAAAACAACACGGUCAGUGCUGUUUUAUCAGCUUAAAAAAGAGGGCAUUUCAGACUGA